CGAAAACUAGAUAGACUGCUCCCAGCCCAAACCCCCUCCCCCGCAGCUAUGAUUUGCAUCGUGUUUCUUGCACCUUCUGAAAGACACCAGCCUUUUCUAGUUUCAACAUAACCACCGAAAGAAUGAGGUUGUUAAAUACCAAUACAUGCCGGCUUCGAGACCCAGUGUACGACAGCAUCCCUGAUUAUGCAAUCUUGUCCCACAGAUGGGGUGCUGCAAAAGACGAGGUUACUUUCGAAGAAAUUGAGCAAGCAGACCAUAAGGAUUUCGAGGCUCGGCCAGGAUAUAGGAAAAUCCAAAAUUGCUGCGCGCAAGCAAAAUCCGUCGGGCUGGAGAAUGUCUGGGUCGACACAUGCUGUAUCAAGAAGUCCAGUACAGCCGAACUCACUGCAGCUCUCAAUUCUAUGUUCCACUGGUAUCGCAAUGCCCAAGUAUGCUAUUGCUACUUGGCUGAUGUACCAAGCAACGAGAACCCAAGUAUUGCAAACUCAAGCUUCCGCAGGAGUAAUUGGUUCAAGCGGGGUUGGACUCUGCAGGAACUUCUCGCGCCGCUGCACGUUGUUUUCUUUGCCGAGGACUGGAAGGUGCUAGGGACAAAGGCCAGUCUCCAGAGUGUCAUAUCUGAGAUCACAGGUCUUUCAUCCCAGAUUCUGUUGAUGAACCAUGGCGGUGAGAUCAGUGUCGCGGAAAGGAUGUCUUGGGCUGCUAAUAGAGAGACUGCCCAGGUGGAGGACAAGGCGUAUUGCCUAAUGGGCCUGUUUGGAGUUAGCAUGCCCAUGAUGUACGGUGAGGGAGAAAAGGCUUUUGAAAGGCUGCAGCUGGAGAUUAUGAAAGUGUCGGAUGAUCAGUCGCUCUUUGCCUGGGUAAGAAACGAUUCCCUAAACAGGAAAACCGGACUCCUCGCGAGAUCGCCCAGUGAAUUCCGUGAUUCUGCCAAUAUCUCCAUGCGCAAUGGUCAGUUGUGGAACUCUCCAUAUGCCAUGACGAACAAAGGUCUCAACAUCACUCUCCCCCUUAUACCCCAGAAAGAAGCUAGUGAUUUAUUCAUAGGGGUUCUUGGCUGUCACGACAGGGUAGAAGGGCGUCCCCUUGGGAUCUACUUGCAAAAGCUUACCAAUGGUGAUGGCUUCACUAGCUAUGUCAGAGUCAGACUUGAUCGGAUCCAUACUAUUGCAAACGAUGGUUUGCCUGAAAAGGGAGUCGAAAUAUACGUCAAACACCCUGACCGGGCAAAUUUCAACGUUCUCGACUGGAUGAGGCCAGAAAAUGAGUAUAUUUUCUCGAUCCGAAAGAGCCCAGAAGGCACCCCAACAAUUUCAUCCAACGUUCACGCGAGAUGGAGUAUGAACGAAAACAACAUUUACCUGAGAUUUUGGCGCAGUGGGCAUUCAGGUGUUAUGCUCUUCAAGAACCCUAAUGGCCAGAUUCUAUCAAUAUUUCUGGGGUUGCACAAUUACAAUAUUUGGUGUGACAUGGAAUUUAAGGAUACAGAAGAAGAUAUUAUGACAAUUGCGAACGAGUACUGGCAUAGUUCCUCGAGAAAUCGAUGGAGAAAUUACGAUCGAAAAACCAUUGCUCUCCCGGACAACAAAUCGGCGUCAAUUGAAGUGUGGAAAGGACAACUAGAGGGCCAGAGAGCUUACUACGUUGAUGUCAAUGUCGAAAGUGGCUUUUUACUUCACGCACUGGGACCUGGCUGUUGUUUUGAAUAGUUAGUGGGCACAUUGCAACUAUUCAUUUGCUAAAUUGCACACCUGGAAUUAUGUUCGACUGUCUUUCCCAGUGAGAAUGGAGCCUUGCGAAUCCGGUACAUUCCUGACUUCAUAGAUCUUAGUCCGCCUAGGGUGC